CACAUUCAUAGACGAAGUACAUCGUUCAAAACUUGUCUAUAAUCCCGAGGCGGCGUCUAUCAAGGGCCGCACCCUGUCCGACUGCUUUCUACUUUCUUUUUCUCCGCGGUCCUUUCCAGAGGGGUAGGUGACCAUGACCAGUACAUUGGACGUUCCUCUUCAUGGGGUUUCAGUCAAAAUUGUGAGACAAAAUACAAGUGAUUUGUGUGAAGUCCUUCAAAGCAAAUUUGGAUGUACGGCCGUCAUCAACGGGGUGGAUUCGGCCGAUGAUUUCAGCAGUGCACAGCAGAAAAAGCCAGCCGGUGAAGACCAGCCAAGGUUUGCUUUUAAGCUGGAUGCAGGUGUUCGGGUGUCUGUGUGGAGGGCUGAUCUCACCCGUUUUAAAGAAGCAGAAGCUGUUGUGAAUGCUGCCAAUACCAAGCUUCAGCAUGGGGGUGGCCUUGCAGGGGCUCUGUCCAAAGCUGGGGGUCCAGUUAUCCAGAGAGAGAGCGUAAACUACAUCAGAAAGAACGGUGACUUGUAUACAGGAGAUGCAAUUGUCACCAGUGCUGGGUCGUUACCAUGCAAGUGCAUUAUUCAUGCUGUGGGUCCUGACCUAAAUCACUACUCCACUCCUAAUAUUUCCCGGGCUGAACCGCUGUUGAAGAAGACCAUCUGGAGCAUUCUUAACAUAGUGAGUGAGAACUGUCUGCAGUCUGUUGCUAUUCCCGCCAUAAGCUCUGGAAUUUUCAACUACCCUCUGCCUCAGUGUGCCGACACCAUCGUGUCAGCUGUGAAAGAAUACUAUAAAGGCCCUCACAAACAUCUUCCUAAAGAGAUCUUUCUGGUAAACCAUGACGAGCCUUCAGUCCAGGAGAUGACCAGGGCCUGCAAACUGAAUUUCAUGAAUUACAGUCAGGCUGCAGGAAGUCAAGUCAGAGAAGAUGCCAAAACCUCAACACACUCUCUCCAGAUUGGAAAAGUCCAUCUGAUGCUGAAGAAGGGACACAUUGAGCGUCAGCAGACAGAUGUCAUCGUGAACACUGUAUCAACAACAAAAGACCUGAAAAUUGGUUGCAUCUCCAAAGCUCUACUGAAGAAAGCGGGUGAUCAAAUGCAAAGAGAAAUAUAUCGUGCUUCUCCGGUUGGCCAUGUCAUCAUUACAAAUGGCUACAAUCUCGAUUGUAAAAAUGUUUUCCAUACGCAAGCAACCUGUAAACAGAUUCUUUUUGAGUCAGUACGUGGUUGCUUACAGUUGGCAGUCCAGUAUCAACACAAGUCAAUCGCCUUCCCUGCCAUCGGAACCGGAAACGUGGGGAUUGACAAAAGAGAUGUUGCACAGAUCAUGUUGAAUGCAGUGGCUAAGUUUGCCCUGAUGUGCCAAGCGACAUUGGAAGUUCAUGUUGUCAUAUUUCCUCCUGACCAGGACACAUUUUUGGCCUUUGAAAAUCAGAUGAAAAUUCUCCAGAAACAAGAAUCUCAUCCCAGCACUGAACAUGCGUUUGGCAAGCGAGAUGAAUUCCAGGGCUUCAAGGCUGCAUCUCCACAGAUAAGCCUGAUGGGCUCAGAAGAAGCAACGCGCGAGGCCGACCGAUGGCUCCAGAACCUUCUCUUUAAAACCUUUAGCCCUGUCGCCAUCCACAACAACUUCAUCCACCAAUUUGGGGAGCGAGAAGAUCAGCAACUUUCUCCCCUGGUGAAAAGGGGCGUCUCCUUCGAGGAGCGUUUUGAGGAUGGUCGUGCUAGCAUCGUUGUGAAAGGGCAUUCGGAUGAAGAUGUUGCAGUUGCCAGGUUGAAGGUUGAGGCCAUUCUCUGCAAAGUACAGGAGGAGUUUGUAAAAGAGGAAACGCAGGAAAUAAACGAAAAGUUGAACCAGAAAACGUCUUUUGGAGGAAACACAUUGACAGAGCCCGAAAGCCAGGAGUUGAAAGACAGAUUUUCGUUGAUGGAUAAGAAACUGAGGAUUUCAAAGGUGGUGAAGGUGGUGAAGGUGGAGAACCCAGCACUGGAGACCAUCUUUGAAAUGAAGAAAAAACAGCUCAACUGCUCCACUUCUCGUACAAUGUUUCAAUGCAUGCCCGCACAGUUCCCCGAGCUGGUCAGUCGUAUCGGAUUCCACGCGUGUAUCGCUCCACCCAAAGACCCCAUACUCGGACAGGGCAUCUACUUUGCAGGCACGGUGGAAAAGGCCAUGGACAUGUGGAAGACGCCGAACGAAGAGUAUGUCUACUUUGUGGAGGCUGAGGUGCUGAUGGGAUCAUCCACCUCCGGUAAACGAGAUCCCAUUCUGCCAUCUGUGGGAAAAUAUCCCCAAAUCCUGUACGACAGUGUGAGCGAAGGAACUGAUAUCGCUGUCAUAUUCAGUGGAUAUCAAGCUCUGCCGACGUACAUCAUCACCUGUAGGGUGUAAUGAAAAUGGAGUCGUAGUUUUGUGUAUUACAUGGCAAUCAGAGAAAUGUGGUUAUGAACACGAGGUAUUUUCACACACACUGUAUUCUGAAUGAAUUCAAAUCCAUGAGAUAUGUAUUGCUCGCUCUUGAAGGUGUGGGAUGACGAUCAGAAACAAUGUAACUGAGAAGUCACAGAUCGAUGCCAGGUGCGUUUUUCUUAAAAGGUUGACAUUGCAUAUCUGCAUUUUGAGAAAGAUGUGAGUUUUGAGGGGGUUUACUUUACUAUAACUGUCUGUCAUGUUAUUUGAAAUAGCUGCACAAUGAGCAUGUUAAUCGAAAUACAACCGCUUGAUUGCAGGAUUAUUUUACUUUUAGAAGUGGUGCAAGUCGUUGUUUGCAGACAGCAUAUUGUAGAUAUGAUACAUGAAACACUGUAAGAGCUUCAUGUAGCUAUGCAUCAAAAGAGGUUGAAGUUAGUUUUAAUGAGAUAUACAGUUGUGUCUCAUACAACAGGUGACAGGCUUUUAGUCAGCAGCAGGUAUGAUAGGUGAAUCACAGCAUAACCACAAUCACUUGGUUGUAACUAAAUUGUUAAAAUGUUAGAAAAAGAAGUGUUGAAUUGUGUUUGAUGCUGAUAUAAAAAAUAAACUGAAAAAAGUUGAA